AUGAAUUGCCGGACGGCAAAAGCAGCAUCGAGUCCAGGAAGCCUGCCUCCCCCUCCUUGGAAGGACGAGCCGUCGCUCUCUGCCGCCUGCACCUCCAAGGAUGCACGAGAAAAGGGAGCUCCUUGCCAGAACUGGACAGACGAUGCUUGUGACCAGCAAGAGGAGGCGUUCCAAGAGAAACGCCAGGACCCGGCGCUGAAGGGAGAUUCUGGAGUUGAGUGCGGCCUGGAGGAGACGAACAGUACUUUCUCACCCAGACGUGAGCUUGGUGUGCCGACUCUCGCGAUUCCUUCUGCGAAACCUCUGUCUGCCAGGCACGAGCUCACGCACCAGCAGCGCUGCGCCGCCAUCAUCAGUGGCAUGUGUGACGUGCUCUUUGCGGAAGAGCUGGGCUGCCGGGGCUGCCUGGGCAGCGUGGCCGCCUUCAUCCUGGAGAGGGAGCUAGCGGCCGGCCCGAGCACCGGCCAGGAGACCUACGAGCUGGUGGCGCUGGGCACGGGCGAGGCCUGCUACGAGGGCUGGGCCGAGUUCCGCGGCCGGAGAGUCCACGACAUGCAUGGGCUGGUGGUGGCCCGCAGGGCGCUGCUGAGGUACUUGUACAAGCAGCUGCUGCUGCACUGCAGCCGGGAUCCCGUCGCCCUCGAGAAGUGCAUCUUCUGCCCGGCGGACGAUGGCACUCGCCUCGUGCUGAAGCCGCGGCACUACCUGCAUCUCUACCUGAGCCAAACCCCCAGCGGAGCUGCGGAGAAGGCCAGGAGCGUGUUGCCGCAGCCGGGCCCCUCCGCCGGGCUCCACGUCCACGUGAACGGCGAGCUCAGGCCUGCCGCGCUCUGCCGGCCCAGCGUCCUCGCCGCCCGCGUCUCCUGUGCCUCCGGCAGCGACAAGCUCACCCGCUGGAGCGUCCUGGGGGUCCAGGGCGCCCUGCUCAGCCACUUCAUGCACCCCGUGCGCGUCACCAGCAUCGUCCUGGCGGAUCCCCGCCACGACCGCGCCAGCCUGCCCUGGGUCAUCAACGAGCGAGCGCCGUGGGGCCCCCCGGAGGGGCUGCCGGAGCCCUACGGCCAGCAGCCGGUGUACCUCUUCGAGGGGCCGCGUGUGGCCCCCCUGGCCGUGCCGCCGGAGUGGCGCUCCUGGAGCAUUAACUGGUGCGGCGGAGACGAGACGCUGGAGCUCGUGGAGGCCUCGGUCGGGAAGGCCGUGCGGGACAUCUGCCAGUCGGGCAGCCAGUUCUGCCCUAGCCGGCUCUGCAAGGCCGCGAUGCUGCAAUGCUUCCGGAAGGUGGCCCGGGAGAUGAGGACGGACCUGCUGGCGCUGCCCACGUACCACGAGGCCAAGGUCCACGCCGAGCCCUAUCAGAGCGCCAAGCGCCAGCUCUACUCCCAGCUGAGCAAGCGGGACUUGGGCCGAUGGCCCAGAAAGCACCUGGUGGACAUCUUCGCCAGCUAA